GUUUAAUUGGAAGACACGUAAAAAAAAAAGGAAAACAAAAAUAAUCGAGAAAAAAGGAAAUAGAUUUUUACCUCACUACGUACGUACACAGUUUGAUUCCUUCUCGCCUUUAUAAGCCCGACAAAACCCUAACUGAUCCCGCCGCGAUUCCGUGUUCCUGCAAAUUCUCCUCCGGAAAAACCUAAACUUUCCUCGGACCCGUCUCGGAAAUCGCUGGCUUUCGAUCGGGAAAUCGUCGGAAGAUGCUUGAAAUCAGGGGAGUGUGGAGAUCAAACGUGGACGAAGAGAUGGAUCGGGUGAGGGUUCGUCUGAAGAAAUUCCCGAUGGUGGCUUUCGACACUGAGUUUCCGGGUUUUCUGUUGUGGACGCCGAGAUACGCCUCCGAGGACUUGAUAUACAGAAACAUGAAGAUCAAUGUUGAAGCCACCAAACUGAUUCAGUUCGGCUUCACUUUGUUCAACGACCGAGGAGAGAUCGGUGGCACUUGGGAGGUUAACUUCUCCAACUUUGGAGGACCUUCGGACACACGCAACGAGGAAGCGAUCGAUUUCUUGGAGAGACACGGUCUUGAUUUGAAGAAGAUCAGGGAAGAGGGAAUCGACAUGUUCCAGCACUCGUUUUUCCCCAAGUUCUUCUGCAUGUUGAGCCAUGAAGAGAACAUCCAAUGGGUCACUUUCCACGGGACUUACGAUCUGGCUUAUGUGAUCAGUGUCCUCAACAAGGGACAGAGGUUUCCAGCUAUGCUUCCGGACACUCCCGAGGAGUUUGCAGAUGUUGUCGGAAGGGUUUUCGGCGUGGUCUACGACCUGAAGGUUAUGGCCGGUGAAUACAAAUGGCUCGGCUGUCAUCUAGGGUUAGAGAAAUUGGCUCAGAAGCUACGGAUUCGACGCGUGGGAGCUGCCCAUAACGCAGGUUCGGACAGUUUGCUAACUGCCCUAGUGUUCAUCAGGAUGAACGAGCUUUGCUUGGAUGCCAAGGAAGCCAGAGGGUUUAUCUACGGGGUGAGUAGACCAGUCGUUCCAACUCGUCCUACCGUGAAUUCCAAAGGGAUGUUGAUCCAAAACGCCGGUCAGGCAGGUUUGCUUUCCUACCGCAGUAUUCUAUGCAACGGAUACCCUAAACUAUGACCAUUCUCAGAUGCUCUACGACUACAACCGUGAUGAUCCUAAGGCA